AUGGCUCUCCCCCGCGAAGACGAGGAACAGCUAACACAGCGAACGUCGAUAUCCCCAGUUCUUUAUGACAACCUCGUGCACUACUUCAAAUACGCGUCGUGUGCCUACGUCCCAGUCUGCCCGCGUCCAAACGGCCGACAUCUAGUCCUUCCAUUUACGAACCCAGUGACCGAUGUUCAAGGCUACGUCGCUAGAGAUAACGAGAAGAAAGAACUGGUCGUAGCUUUGCGAGGAAGUUUGUCUCUAACAGAUUUCUUGAUGGACGGACAGCUCGUCCUUGUACCCUUUAUCUCGCCGGGCAUCAAGACUACGCCUGAUGACAUUCGCGUACACAGCGGAUUCCUCACUUGCUGGAAUUCAGUAGCCUACGAAGUGAUUGAAAUCAUAAAACACGAACUCGGAUCGUACCCCGACUUUUCUAUCACCGUGACCGGGCACUCCCUCGGCGGUGCACUCUCGGACCUUGCUGCUGUCACGCUGAAGGCGAAGUUCCCCGACGCACCACUGAACGCGUUUUCAUAUGGAGCACCGAGGACUGGGAAUCAAGCCUGGGCUGAAUUUAUCAACAAGAGCUUUGGCAGUUGCAUGCAUCGAGUGGUACAUACCAGCGACGGAGUACCCACGAUGAUUCCUAAGGAGCUAGGCUAUCGCCAUCACGGCAUAGAAUACUGGCAACACACCGAUCCCCCUUCAGCGGAAUCAACAACGCAGUGCUCCGCUGACGGCGAGGAUCCCACCUGCUCCGCGUCGAUACCUACCAUGGGCAUCAAUCCAGCGCACGUUUGGUAUUUCGGGAUCAUGGCGGCGACGCCGUUUUGUUACUGA